GAUUUGUUUUAACCAGUUUUUCACAAUCAGAUUUUGCUUGACGUUUUUCAAUAAUUUAAUUUUACACAUUUUGAUGGAUAAAAGGUUGGGGUUUGAGACUUUGAACUAUGAAAUAUUCCAAUCACAAAUAAAGUCGAGGUAUAAAUCAAAGAUUUUUAUUGGAGUUUUCCAAGAAAAACGUCUUUGUGAACCUUUGAAAUGCUAUCGAGACUUAGUUAUAAUAAACGAAAAAUCAGAAAAAGAGUUUGCAGAUGAUCUGAAACGUUUAAUUUCUGAUUUUGAAAGAAAUAUUGCUGGUCAAGUAGUUAUAGGAGUAAGAAAAGUUGACGAAAAAUACCAAAUAUUCACAGAACUGGACGAUGAAAUUCCGUUCGGCAAAUUUUGGUUUCAAAUAAAAACUGUAAAGUUUAGACUCAACGAGAUUCAGAUAAAAUUAAAAUGUUUGAGAUCAAUUGAUGACGGGGAUACCAAAAGUUUUGCAGAACUUCUUAAGUCAACAACCAAAGCAACAAAUGCAGAAAAUCCAAAAGAACUAAAUGACGAAAAAAUAAAUACUAAUGAUGCAAUCGAACCAUGGAAAAUUUUAUUAGAUUUCUGGAAACGUGAAAUUUCCGCUUUUAUCGCAUUUAUUCUAUCAAUUUCCAUAAAUCGAACGACAGUAACAGAAUUUUUUCGAUUUGUUUUUCUUGUGAUUGUUUCCCUCAUCAGUAGUUUAUCAGAAAUCAUUAAAUACGUCGGUAUUUUCACAAUAAAAUUUAUUGAGCGAACGACUUGGCUCAUUCAUGUUUUAACACCAAUUGCAUUGGUUCUUGUUGAUUUAUGUUCAAAAGUAAUUGGUGGAUUUUAUUUACUCAUUGCUAUGAUCUGGAAGGAUUCUAUCGGUGGAGCUCGAAGGCAACCUCCUAAUUAUGCUAUAGAAGGGAGACCUGAUCGAAACCGACAAGCAAUUCAAUACCGAAAUAACCAAUAAGGAGAAAUAUUUUGAUAUUGCACCGCUUACAAUUAUAAGUCAUACUCUCCUUAUAAAUAUUAGAUAUUUUCGAUAUUUUUGUAUUUGCAUUGCUGACAUUUUUUUAUGUGUUUGACUUCAAAGCACCAAGCAAAGAAUAAUUUUUUAUUAACUCAAUUAAAGUGGAGAUCUUUAUGCCCAGAUUUUUUUUAAAACGCUCAAAGUAUUGUAACUAACUCUUCAAAACUGAAGAAUUUCAACUGUAAUAAAAUUUUAUUACUUUUUAAUGAUGCAUGGUAAAUAAAUCAAAAAGUUU